AUGAGCGGAAGAGGCAAAACCGGACAAGGCAAGGCCAGGGCGAAGGCAAAGACACGUUCAUCCCGUGCCGGGCUCCAGUUCCCCGUGGGCCGUGUGCACAGGCUGCUGCGCAAAGGCAACUACGCCGAGCGUGUGGGCGCUGGCGCACCAGUCUACCUGGCCGCAGUGCUCGAGUACCUGACUGCUGAGAUCCUGGAGUUGGCCGGAAACGCUGCCCGUGACAACAAGAAGACUCGUAUCAUCCCCCGUCACCUGCAGCUGGCAGUCCGUAACGACGAGGAGCUGAACAAACUGCUUGGCGGCGUGACCAUCGCUCAGGGUGGUGUUCUGCCCAACAUCCAGGCAGUGCUGCUCCCCAAGAAGACUGAGAAGGCCGUCAAAGCCAAGUAAAAUCGCUGGUGCGGCUGCAACUUGACUACUCAACCCCCAAAGGCUCUUUUAAGAGCCAACCA